GUGGAUGCCGGAAGUGUUCAAUGCAGUCAUGUUUGUCCUUUAACAACAAUUCAAACAACUGCAAACAUUGAGUCACAAAAUGGUUUUUAUGCGUGUGAGAAAUGUUUUCAACAUCUCUUGACGCAAGACACGAACUUUCUCUAACUUUUUUAUUUUUUUUACCAAGAGGCAUCUGAUCUCGUCGCCAAUUGUUGUGGAUAAUUGUUGCGUCAUCAUGGCUGCAAGAUGCAUGUUUGUGCUGCAGAGAAUCUUAGGAGCUCACAGAGGUGCAACUCAGGUGCUGCAGAGAAACUUAGGAGCUCACAGAGGUGCAACUCAGGUGCUGCAGAGAAACUUAGGAGCUCACAGAGGUGAGAGUCAAGUUGGGAGAGUCAGACACAUGAGCUGCUCUGGCGACGUGCACCUGUCCCAGCCUACUAUCACAGGUAGCAGCUCUCUGUCCUUCCGAAGUCACACCUGUGGACAGCUGAGACGCCAGCAUGUGGGAGAGAAGGUCACGCUCUGUGGUUGGGUCCAGUACCUCAGACAAGACCUGUUCGUCAUUCUUCGAGAUUUCAGCGGCUCCACCCAAGUUCUCAUACCUCAGGAGGAAUCUGCGCGCCACCUGAAAGGAGUCCUGUGCAGCCUCACGGCUGAGUCCGUGGUCAAAGUUGCAGGGACCGUCAGACUACGGCCACCAGGACAGGAGAACAAGGGGAUGCCGACAGGAGACAUCGAAGUCCUCGCCGAGGACGUGGACGUCUAUAACACCUGCCGCAAGUUGCCCUUUGAAUUGAAAGACUUUGUCAAAAAAUCGGAGUCGUUGCGCCUGCGGUUUCGUUACCUGGACCUGCGCUCGUCCAACCUGCAGAAGAACCUGCGACUGAGGUCCCAGCUGGUGAUGAAGAUGAGAGAAUAUCUCUGCUACAAGCACGGUUUUGUUGACGUAGAAACGCCGACUCUGUUUAAAAGAACACCUGGGGGAGCUAAAGAGUUUGUGGUUCCCUCCAGAGAACCAGCUCGUUUCUACUCGCUCCCUCAGAGUCCUCAGCAGUUCAAACAGCUCUUGAUGGUGGCAGGAAUUGACAGGUACUUCCAGGUUGCACGGUGCUACCGUGACGAAGGCUCCAGACCCGACCGCCAGCCUGAGUUCACCCAACUGGACAUAGAAAUGUCUUUUGUGGAGCAGGCGGGAAUCACAUCUCUGGUGGAGGGUUUGCUGCAGUACUCCUGGCCUGCGGACAAAGGCGGCCUCACGCUUCCCUUCCCAACUAUGAGCUACCAAGAGGCCAUGAGGGACUACGGCGUGGACAAACCCGACACCAGGUUUGGCAUGAAGUUGAUGGACGUCAGAGACAUUUUCCUGUCGGCAGACAUCAGCUUCUUCAAAUCAGCCGUCAGCCAACCAGGAAGCUCCGUUUUGGCCGUGUGUGUGUCUGCUGGAGCAGAAGUAUUGACUGCUAAAGAUGUGGAGGAACUGAAGCAGGUGUCAAAGACUCACUUUCACCAGGAGGUGAGUGUGGUGCUGGUCCGAGCUGACGGAACACUGAAGUCUCCCCUGAAGAAGCUGCUGGCGGACUCGGUGACUGAUGCCUUGUUGGAGAAGACCAGAGCCCAGCCUGGAGACCUGCUCCUGAUAGCUGCUGGUCCUACUCACACUGUGCAACCACUGCUGGGUAGUCUUCGUUUGAGGUGUGCAGAUCUCCUGGAGUCUCACGGCUCUUCAGUCCGUGACCCUUCAAGCUUCCACUUUCUGUGGGUUGUGGAUUUCCCUCUCUUCCUGCCUAAGGGGGAGGAUCCUGAGCAGCUUGAGUCUGCCCAUCAUCCAUUCACUGCUCCAGUGGCAGAGGACGCAGCCCUGCUCUACACACAACCUCAGCAGGUGCGUGGUCAGCACUAUGACCUGGUCUUGAACGGCUGGGAGAUCGCAGGAGGAUCCAUUCGGAUCCAUAACGCUUCUCAGCAGCUUCACAUCUUGAAGAAUAUUCUCAAGGAGGAUCCCAGUCUUCUUUCUCACCUGCUGGAGGCUCUGGACUCGGGAGCGCCCCCCCAUGGUGGCAUCGCCCUUGGUUUGGACCGGCUGGUGUCCAUCCUGGUGGGCGCCUCCAGCAUACGUGAUGUCAUAGCCUUCCCCAAGUCCUUCCGAGGUCGCGACCUCAUGAGCGGCGCCCCACACGCGCUGUCGGAGGAGGAGCUGAAGUGGUACCACAUAGCAGUGGACCACCCAGGAGGAGCUGGUACCACCUAGCAGUGGACCACCCAGGAGGAGGUGGUACCACCUAGCAGUGGACCACCCAGGAGGAGGUGGUACCACCUAGCAGUGGACCACCCAGGAGGAGCUGGUACCACCUAGCAGUGGACCACCCAGGAGGAGCUGGUACCACCUAGCAGUGGACCACCCAGGAGGAGGUGGUACCACCUAGCAGUGGACCACCCAGGAGGAGCUGGUACCACCUAGCAGUGGACCACCCAGGAGGAGCUGGUACCACCUAGCAGUGGACCACCCAGGAGGAGCUGGUACCACCUAGCAGUGGACCACCCAGGACCAGCAGGACAAGACCACACGUGCAGAUUUGGAAAGAAGACUUUAAUGGCACCCAGAGACUUAGACAAACACUGAUCAUAAAUCCUGCAGUGGCUCUGUCAACAACACAAACAAAGUAGAGCAGGUGAACAUCAUGAACUACCUGCUUUUAGGAAAGAGCUGACCUUCACACAAAGAGGAGCACGGUGACCUGGACUUCUGUUCUCGCUGGCAAACUUUGCUUCAAAAUGUGCAGUUUAGAGUCUGUGGCUGUUGAAAUGCUCUGUUUCUGCAAUCGCAUCAUUUUUUUCUUUUCUCCUUGUUUCAUUUUUGUAGCUGUAUGUAGAAAUUGCGCCACUGAAACGUCAGCUGUUUGCAUCACUUAUGUGCUCUUUCAACAUCUUUUGUGGUAUUUCAUGUUUUUUCUCUUCUUUUCAUGUGUUUGUUUACUUUAUUUCUUGUGGACCCCCAUUGUGGGAUAAAUCAAGACCAUCCUAUCUUGUGGACCCCCAUUGUGGGAUAAAUCAAGACCAUCCUAUCUUGUGGACCCCCAUUGUGGGAUAAAUCAAGACCAUCCUAUCCUAACUCCGGCAAGACACUUACAUUUGUGUGGCAACAUUGGGGUCUUUUUGAAAGUUCAUUUCACUGAAGCACACGAGUAGUUUAUGUUUGAAAGUUCAUUUCACUGAAGCACACGAGUAGUUAAUGUGACGAAUCAAAAUGCAGAAAUGUGAUUUGAAAAUAAUGCUUUGUCAGCACUGGUAAGUACGUUCUUUCACUUGAGACUUCACAUGGCAUGUACCUUUAUUUGAUUGCAUUCAUUUAAGGUAGUGUCAUCAAUUUAUGAAUAUCCAACACAAAUAUAAUUAUAACCUAUA